CCAUGCUGGCCCCCGGCAGUGGCUCCGAGCAGAGGACCAGGCUGGCCCUGCGGUGGAGGCAGGUCUCCUGGAUCACCUGCUGGAUCGCCCUGUGUGCUGUGGAGGCCCUCCCCACCUGCCCUUUCUCCUGUAAGUGUGACACCCGCAGCCUGGAGGUGGAUUGCAGUGGCCUAGGCCUCACCGUGGUGCCCCCAGACGUGCCUGCUGCCACCCGAACUCUCUUGCUCUUGAACAAUAAGCUGAGUGCCCUACCAAGCUGGGCAUUCGCCAAUCUGUCCAGUCUGCAGCGGUUGGACCUAUCCAACAACUUCCUGGACCAGCUGCCCCGCUCCAUUUUCGAGGACCUGACCAAUCUGACCGAGCUGCAGCUGCGCAAUAACAGCAUCAGGACCCUGGACAGGGACCUGCUGCAGCACUCACCCCUGCUCCGCCACCUAGACCUGUCCAUCAACGGCCUGGCCCAGCUGCCCCCUGGCCUUUUUGACGGACUCCCUGCUCUGCGCUCCCUAUCGCUGCGCUCCAACCGCCUGCAGAACCUGGAUCGGCUGACAUUUGAACCCCUAGCAAGUCUGCAGCUUUUGCAGGUUGGGGACAACCCCUGGGAGUGUGACUGUAACUUGCGUGAUUUCAAGCACUGGAUGGAGUGGUUCUCUUACCGAGGGGGACGCCUGGACCAACUUGCCUGCACCCUACCCAAGGAGCUGAGAGGAAAGGACAUGCGCAUGGUCCCCAUGGAGAUGUUCAACUACUGCUCCCAGUUGGAGGGCGAGAAUAGCUCGGCCGGGCUGGAUAGUCCUGGGCCACCCUGCACCAAGGCCAGCCCAGAACCUGCCAAGCCCAAGCCAGGAGCUGAGCCCGAGCCGGAGUCCAGUACAGCCUGCCCCCAGAAGCAGAGGUACCGGCCUGUGAGCGUGCGCCGGGCCAUCGGCACCGUGAUCAUCGCCGGGGUGGUCUGUGGCAUCGUCUGCAUCAUGAUGGUGGUGGCUGCUGCCUACGGCUGCAUCUAUGCCUCCCUCAUGGCUAAAUACCACCGGGAGCUCAAGAAGCGCCAACCGCUCAUGGGGGACCCGGAGGGUGAGCAUGAAGACCAGAAGCAGAUCUCCUCUGUGGCAUGACAGCCCGGCCCUACCUGGCUCAGGUAGGAAGGGCAAGGAGAGCGCGUGGAGA